AUUUCUUCGUUUGAUUUUUUAAAUGUUUUCUUUUAUUAAUUUUAAUCAAACAAAUUCUUUCUUUUUUAAAAUAUUUUAUCGUAAUUGUUUUUUUUUCCAUCUGAUAAUUUAGAAGCAGAAAAGUUAUGUACAAAAUGUGCAGAAAAAUUUAGUCAAGAAUCUUUAAGUAUUAAAUUAUUGGCCGCACAAAUACCAUUAUUAGUAACAUCAUUAGAAGUAUUAAGUCGAUUAGCAGAAAAACAUAAAUCAUUAGCAACAUAUGUCAUACGAGCAUUAUGUGAUUUUUUAACUGAACCAUCACCACUGCUUUAUAAAUUAUAUCGUCAUACGAGUUUAAAAAUUGAUGGACAAGAACGUGGAUUUUUUUUUAAUGAACAAGCAAAAACUUUCAAAGAAUAUCGAGCAUUUCAAAUAUUUGAAAAAUUACGUGAUGCUGCAAUUGAAGGACUUUGCAAAUCAUUAUUUAUUUCUUUGGAUUCGAAUCCAAAAUGUGUUGAAGCUUUACUUGUUCAACUUUCUGCAAGACUUGCUUCUGGUCAUGUUAAUGAUAAACAAACAUCAUUAGUAUCUCAUAAUACAAUUCUUACAUUGGGUCAUAUGGCAGUAGCAUUAAAAGAUGUUCAACAUACUCAACAAUCAAUUUUAGCACGAUUUCAACAACGUCUUGGUGAUCCGCCAUCACCACUUGAUAUUCUCAUUAUAAAUCAAAUUGGUUGUAUGCUUAUUUCAAGUCUCCCACAAACAACGUAUGAAGAAAUUAUUGGACUUUUUACAGAAAUUAUUAUUGAUUCAACUUAUCAUGUUUAUGAUAAUACAAAUACAUUAACAACAACAGGACGACAUACAACUAAAUAUAAACAAGCAUCAAAUGCUGUUAUCAAUGCAUUAGCUAAUGUAGCUGCUAAUAUUCAAGGUUCAGUAGAAUUAAUGAAUUUACUAACUAGUAUUCUCGAGUUAUUCGUUCAACUGGGUUUACGAGCAAAAGAUGUUAGUGAAAAAUUAACAAAAAAUACUCUUAAAGUAUCGAAUACUGCAGGUAGUCUUGGCGUGUUGAUACCUGUUAUAGCUAUUGUUAUGCGUCGUAUAUCGGUUAUUGUUGAACCAUCUGAACGUGUAUUUCGUUUAUUUCAACAUUUUUGGUUCUAUUGUGUACUAUUUGGUUUUGCUGAUUCUGAUCGAGGUUCAUGGCCAUCAGAAUGGCAUGAUUGUGUUCGAUUAAUUGCAACAAAAUCACCAACAUUAGUAGCACAAACAGGUCCAUAUGUACCAUUAAAAUCAGCUAUGCCACUGAAACCCGAACUGAUCACUAAAGAAGAUAAUAAUGAAUUAAAAUCAAAAUUAAAUACAGUUUUUUCUGCUUAUCCAUCAGCUAAACCAUUUAUUGAUAGAUUUGGUUUUGAACAAAGUGCUUAUACACUAUCCGUAUAUUAUUUAGAAACAUAUAGAGUUCGUCAUUCAAUGAUUCCAUCAGCAUUUCAAUGUAUAUUUUCAUAUCUUGAAGAUCCAGGUUUAUUAAAAGAUAAAUAUGGUUUAUGGACAUUAAUGACAGCUGUUGGAAGAAAAAGUUUUGAAAUAUAUGUUGAAGAAAUGAAGAAAAUGCCAAAAAGUCCUGAAAGAAAUAAAAAUCUUAAAACACAAUGUCAAUUUUUUAUGGUUAAACGAACUCAUGUUCGUGCUGAAGUACGCGAUGAAGCUAAACUCUAUCUUCAUUCAUUAUUAUCGAAAAAUGCUUUUCCACAUUUAUUCUGUAGUUCAGUUAUAAUUGAAACAUUAAUGAAUAUAAUUAAUAUUCUAUCCUAUUCAUUAAAUGAAGAUAAUUUACAUAAAGUAACUGCACAUCAUCGUGUACCCGAUACAAAUUAUACAAUUCAAUUUGUUGAUACACAUGAAAAACGAUUGGAGCUUUUUAAUGCAUUUGUGGAUUUUGGUCGAACAUUUAUUGAACAAGCAUUAAUGAUGUCACCAACUUUACUUAAAUCAUGCAUUCAACAAUAUAUGAUUAAACUUGGAAAAGGAAAAAAGACUUCAAAUGCAGCUCGGCAACAUAAAGGCUUACAUGUUAUGUGGGAAUAUUUAAGUACUUAUUCAAAAGCAGCUGAUGCGAAUACAGCAACUGGUGGAAGUAAAUUAUAUUACCGAACUGAUUUCGCUGAUUAUAUGGUAUCAGUAGGUGAAAGAAAUGCUGCAGUUGGUUUUGUUGAAGGACUUGAUAGAAAUGAAUAUCGAGUAGCAUUAAUUCAAAUAAAAGAACAAAUGGAAACAGCUAUUUAUAAACGAUUGAGUUCACUUGAUAAAUAUAAAUCAUUACAACAACGUCGCCGUCGAAUGUCAAUUGUAGCACCUGUUAGUGAUAAAGGAAAUGCAUUAGAUUUUGAAGAACGAAUUGCAAUUUUCGAUAGUAAUUUUCGAAAUGGAUUAUUUAAAUUAACAGCAAUGUUAAUUCAUAAUAUUGAUGAUUCAGAAGAUAAUGAACAUGAACUUCGUUUUGCAGCUAUUGGUUCUGGACUCAAUGGUUCUAAUACACCGAAAGAAAAUGCACUUGAUCGAGAUAUGGUUCAUGCAAUAGUAUGGUUACCAAUAAAAAUGUUUACUGCAUCUGUUAUGGAAGGAGCAGUUGAUUGUUGGUGUUGGGCAAUUACUGGUCGACCUGAACUUGAAUUAUUAAUUGUCAAAGAAAUUUAUAAAGUUUGGGAAAAAAUUAUUAGCGAUCGUCAUGGUCUUUAUUCGAUUGAUAAACCCGAACCAUCACCACUUGCACCAUCCGAAAAAGAAGAAUUAAAACCUAAACCACCAUCUGUUAAUCCACAUCGAAUAUUUUUAAAAUUUAUUGAAGAACGUAUAUAUCUCUGCAUGCAUAAAGCUGAUAUUGAAAUGGAAAUGCUUGUUGAUUUAUUACAUAAAUCUCUAUCAUUAAUAUUAGAAAAUCCUAAAGCACCAAUGACAAGACAUGUUGGUGGUGUUGGUCUUAGAUUUCGAUUUUUAUAUCUUGCUUUAUAUCUUGUACAAAGUGAUUAUUUAGCUAAUGGUGUUAGUAAAUAUUUAUUACGAGAAAAAAUCUAUCAUACAGCAUUUGAUUAUUUUACUGUUCGUCAUCAUUGUCCAACUCAAACGCAUAAUGAAUUAAGAAAUGAUAUUCGAACAUUAAUUCGAUUCUUUUCAUUAGUUCAUGGGGAAAAGAAAUUUUGUAGUGAUUCGCCAGUAACAAUUGAUGUUAGUAAUUCAAUACCUAAUGGAAUUAAUAAUGAAGUAAAUGAUGGUAGCUCAUUGUAUGGUACAAAUAAAAGUGGAACAACUGGAUGGAUAAAUACAUUAGCUGGUAAUACUGCAGUUGCAACAGGUGUUAGUGGACAAUCAACAAUAAGUCGAAAAUCUGCAACAUCAGCAAAAAAUACUGAAAAAAGUACUGAUGCACGAAUAUUAUCUCGAGAUUUACUUAAAAAACGUAAUCUUCUUCUAACAUUGAUUGCAUAUGAAAUUGAACGUCUAGAAACAUUUCAUAAUCCUUUGGGACGUCCAGAACUUCAAUUUGAUCAAGAUACACAAUCAACGUAUACAAAUUGGAAAUUAUAUGAUCUGAAUGGAAUAUCAAAUAAAGCUUGGCAAGAAUAUGGGCGUUUAGCAUGGUUUAUUUCACCAGAUUUAGCUAUUAGUCUUUAUUAUACAAUUCCAAAAGAAUCAUUACGUCUUGAAAUACAACGUUUAGUUAGAUCAUAUCCAUUACAAGUUCGUCAUAUACCAGAAGCACUUAGUAUCUUUACAUUAACUUCAGAUAAUGAUCGACAAUGCGAAACAUCUCAUAUUCUAACAUGGGCUGCAAUUAAUCCUGUUGCUGCACUAUCUUAUUUUGCUAGUGCACGACUUAAUCAAGUAGCAAAUUCAUAUACAAUUCAAUUUUCAUCACGAAUGUUAUAUACAACAAAAUCUGAAGCACUUAUUCUAUACAUUCCUCAAUUAGUACAAGCUGUUCGAUAUGAUGAAAUGGGUUUUGUACGUCGUUUAAUAUUGGCACUAUCAAAAAAAUCCAAUUUAUUAGCGCAUCAACUUAUAUGGAAUAUUCGAACGAAUACAUUUAAAAAUGAAGAUACACCUGAUAAUGAAAUGCAAGCAAAAUUAGAACCAAUUGCACGACAGAUUGAACUUGAUUUUACACCUGAUGCAAAGAAUUUCUAUGAACGUGUUUUUGCUUUUUCGGAUCGUCUUACAAAAGUUUCCGAUACAAUUAAAGUUUAUCCAAAAGGAAAUUCACGAAAAGAAGCUUGCCUACAAGAAUUACGUUCAAUUGGUAGUGAAGUUCCACCUGGUGUUUAUCUUCCAUCAAAUCCUGAAGCAAUCGUUAUAUCUUUGAUACCAGAAAGUGGAGCACCAAUGCAAAGUGCGGCUAAAGCACCAUAUCGAGCAACAUUUCGUGUACAAACUGUUGGCAUUGAACAAGUUGAACAUUGUGCUGAUCCUGAUUAUGAAUUAAUGCAAGAUUUUAGUAAUCAAUAUUCUCAAAUGGCUAUUUUUAAAGUUGGUGAUGAUGUUCGACAGGAUAUUUUGGCUUUACAAUUAAUGCGUCUUUUUCAAAAUAUAUUCGAACAAGAAGGUUUAGAAUUAUAUUUAUAUACAUAUCGUGUUAUUGCUACAAGUCCUGGUUGUGGUGUUAUUGAAUGUGUACCAAAUUCUCGUUCACGUGAGGAUAUCGGUAGAAAUACUGAAGUUGGUCUAUUUGAUUAUUUCCGACAUGUUUAUGGAAAAGAUGAUUCAAUUAAAUUUCAAAAAGCACGUCGAAAUUUUGUUAUGAGUAUGGCAGCAUAUUCAAUAGCACUUUUUAUGCUUCAGAUAAAAGAUCGUCAUAAUGGAAAUAUAAUGAUUGAUGAUGAUGGACACAUUGUUCAUAUUGAUUUUGGUUUUAUGUUUGAAUCGUCACCAGGAGGAAAUAUGCGAUUUGAACCAGAUAUUAAAUUAACUGCUGAAAUGAUUCUUAUUAUGGGAGAUUUAACAGCUCCAGCUUUUCAAUGGUUUAAAGAAUUAUGUAUUAAAGGUUAUUUAGCUUUAAGGCCAUAUCGUCAUGAUUUUAUUACUCUUGUUGCACUAAUGCUUGAUACAGGUUUACCAUGUUUUCGUGGUCAUACAUUAGAACAAUUAAAUGCUCGUUUAAAACCAGAUUCAAGUGAAGCAGAAGCUGGUCGUUAUAUGCACGAAGUAAUUAAUCGAUGUGCACAUAGUUUAAGAACACGUCUAUAUGAUUAUAUACAAUAUCAACAAAAUUCAAUUCCUUAUUAA